GAUUCACCAAGGCGGCUUGCGCCGGCGGCGUGACGUCAGCGCCAUAGAGCGCCGCCGGGCCUUACGCCGCUGGCGCCCCGGCCGUCCCUUCCCUGCUUGGCUUGCUCAGAAGGCGAAAGAGCUGGGAAGAGAGCGGAGCACCAAAUGGGGCGCCUGGAGGGGGGCAGGCCCGGGGGCCCCCACCCCUGAGGAGCCAGGGGGAGGGGGAAGAAAGCCAGCUCGGACGUGAAGCAUUGCCGCACGACAGCCGCUCUCAAUCCCCCCCUUGCCGCCAUGUCGCCGUCUUCGGAGAGCAGCCCGCUGCAGGCGCCGGAAAGAACCCCCACGGCCCCUUCGAGGAGAGGACCCCCGGCACACUAGCACGGCACAUGCGGGUGACGGUCCGCCCCCUGGCGCCCUCCCCUCCUCCUCCUCCUCCUCCACCCGGGAUGGUUUACUGACCAAGAAAAGAGAACCGGCGUUUUCAACCUCCUUUUCCUCUUCUCUCGCUUUCGUGCUCCCCUUCCCCUCCUUCCCCCGACCCCCCUACCCCGCCCUGACCCCGCCCUGACCCCCCCAGCCGGCCCCCGCAAAGUUUCGGCCCUCGGAUUUGCAUGGCAGCAGCGUAACCGUGGAGAGGCCAGGGUACCACAAACUUAUGGAUUUUGAUAAGAGAGGAGGCAAAGGGGACGCGGAGGAAGGGCGAAGGAUGUCUAAGACAGGGAGCAGCCGCAACACGCACGGGAGCCGGACGUCCGGGACCAACUCUGGAGUCUUAAUGGUCGGCCCGAACUUCCGUGUCGGGAAGAAGAUCGGGUGCGGGAACUUUGGGGAGCUUCGACUAGGGAAGAACCUCUAUACGAACGAAUAUGUAGCAAUCAAGUUGGAACCCAUCAAGUCCAGAGCUCCUCAGCUCCACCUGGAAUACCGGUUCUACAAACAGCUGGGAAAUGCAGAAGGGAUACCCCAGGUCUAUUACUUUGGGCCCUGCGGGAAGUACAACGCGAUGGUCUUGGAGCUGUUGGGGCCCAGUCUGGAGGACCUCUUUGACCUCUGCGACCGGACCUUCACCCUCAAGACGGUCCUUAUGAUCGCCAUCCAACUGAUCACCCGCAUGGAGUACGUCCACACCAAAAGCCUGAUCUACAGAGACGUCAAGCCGGAGAACUUUCUGGUGGGUCGCCCUGGGAGCAAGCGCCAACACGUCAUCCACAUCAUUGACUUCGGCCUGGCCAAAGAGUUCAUCGACCCUGAGACCAAAAAGCACAUCCCGUACCGAGAGCACAAGAGCCUGACCGGCACCGCGCGGUACAUGAGCAUCAACACACACCUGGGGAAAGAGCAAAGUCGGAGGGACGACCUGGAGGCGUUAGGUCAUAUGUUCAUGUACUUCCUCCGGGGCAGCCUGCCCUGGCAGGGCCUGAAGGCGGACACGCUGAAGGAGCGAUACCAGAAGAUUGGCGAUACCAAAAGAGCCACCCCCGUCGAAGUGCUGUGCGAAAACUUCCCUGAGGAGAUGGCCACGUACCUCCGCUACGUCCGCCGACUGGACUUCUUUGAGAAGCCGGACUACGACUACUUGAGGAAACUCUUCACGGACCUCUUUGACCGGAACGGCUACGUCUUUGAUUAUGAAUACGACUGGGCAGGGAAGCCUUUACCGACCCCCAUUGGCACAAUUCAGAGCGAUUUACAAGUCCAGGCUCCAAACAGGGAAAAGACUCAGCAGUACAUUAAACAACAGGUCAUGAGUUCGACCAAUGGGGAGCUGAACACAGAUGACCCCACUGCCGGCCACUCAAACGCCCCCAUCACCGCCCCCGCCGAGGUCGAGGUGGCUGAUGACACUAAGUGCUGCUGUUUCUUCAAGAGGCGGAAGAGGAAAACCAUCCAGCGCCACAAGUGACGUGCUCCCCUUCCCUGCUUUGGCCGAGGCCGGCGUCCCCUCGGGGCUAGGUUUUCAGCCUCCGCCCCUCUUCCUUUUCACUUCCUGUCUGUGGAUAAUGGAUCUUGAUCCUUUGGUCGGAUGGGAGAGGACGGGCCUUCUCCCCCUCCGCCUACUCCAGAGUCGCAAGGGGUCCGUGUGGCGUGCAACCCGCCUUUGACUCCACUCGCAGGCUCACCCGGGGAGAGGAGGGGAAGCCUCUCCCCCACUCUCAGCCUGAAUAUAUAUAUAUAUUUCUUUUAUUUUCUUUCCCCUUCCUCCAAGAGACACAGCAACAGAGGGAAGCGGAACCGGCAGGAGGAGGAAGAAAAAGCACGUCGCUGAACUUUCUUUGGAAGUGCCCGCGCCCCUCCUUGGUUUUGCAAAGAGAAAAAAGCAUUAACUAUUUAUGCAGCUGCCCCCCUCCAAGGGGGGGGGGACCCCACACUUGUCUGGACUCUUCUCUCCCCCCUUCCUCAUCUUGGUUUCACGGAAUUAUUUUUUUGGAAGCAAAAAAAGAACCCCGGGAAUCAGUUCUUUGCAGAAGAUUUGCUGGGACGAUGCUGGGAAUGUCAGCUGCAGCUAAUAUUCCCCCCCUAUCCCUCCUCUCCCCCCCCCUUUUGCUGUUUCUUUGUCUCUUUAACUUAAUUUAAAAAUUGCAUCUUAGUCGUUGCGUUUGUGGGACGGUCUCCUUAUUUUCUUUCCCCCCCCCUCUGUUUUUGUAGCGAUGCAAACGUUUUUUGCAUCAUAUUUUUUUUUAAUUUCAUAAAGUAUCUUGUUUUAGAUUUGUGCCCCCCCCUUCCCAACUCUCUUAAGUUUCUGCCCCCAACCCCUGCCGAUUUAGUUGUGGCCAAGGUCCUUUUUUGGGGAGACAGAGGGAAGUCCCUGGGGUGCCCCCCCCGGUCUGGAGCACGGCUGGGGGGGGCAAAGUGGGGGUUUCGCGUCUGGGGAGGAAAGCAGCUCGUUUACACUUCCGAAUCUUCAUUUCUCAAUGCACUUUUUUUGGGUAGCAAUACACCUGUGUCCUGAAAUUAACCGGGCUUUAGAGAAUUCUUUGGGGUUCGUUUUGAGGAAAGCUAGAUUCUCCUUUAAUUUUUUUAAAAACCCACUGACUCGCUGGGGGUGGGGGGGCCUUGGAUCUCAGGAACAGCUGCCGGCCAAGAUGAACCCCAAAACGACUUCCGUUGCUAUGAGAAAAUUUUGGGGGGGGGUUCAGAAUGGAGAGGGUUUGGGGUGGCCAAAGCCAAAAAUCGAAAUCUGAUCUGCAGGGGUCAAGCCUAGUCCCCUAAAACUUCCAACCAGAACAGACCUGUGGCGAAAGCUCCAUGGGAGGGGGUGAAAAGAAAACUUUGGCUGAACAAAUUCAUGUGAGGACAAUCCACCCUGUUGUUUUUGUGUCCCCCCCUCCAAAUACAGAUCAGACACAGUGAAAAAUUCCAGUUUUUGCUAAACUGCUCAGCUACAGGAUGUUGUCUUGCAAAGUCCGGCUCUCUGCUACAGUUUUAAAUCUUGUGCAUUUUGCUGCCGGGAGCAAGGAAAUGGGUAGAAGCAGAUUUCUUCCUCGGGGGUUGUUUUGGGGCGGUGGGGAGCACUCCCCCCCUUUCCUUCUGGGUUUCUUGGCCAUCUUUAAAUCCCACCAAGGGUGGACCGCCAGUUAGGACCACACCUUGGUGAAGGUGUGUUUGUGCCCCCCUCUCUUCCAGCCAACCGGACCCCCACCCCCCACCCCGCAAAGUUUCCGGGCACACUUUUGGGGGGGAGGGUCCGUUGCUUCCAAACAAGGACUGAGAAGCCUUGCUGCUUCUUUAUAGACAAAUAUAUUUUUAUACAGAGAAGGGGAGGGCACUGCCUUCCUUUGCACCUAUUUCAGAGUAGCAUGUUCUGCUUCCUUUAAAAUAAAAUUUAAAAAGCCUGUCGUCCCGUCCCCCCACCUACAAAUGUUGUAAUCACGACACUUGUUAAUGUCAGGCUAUGGUUGGCUAUCGGGGGGGCUGUGCUUAGACAGGCAGGGAAGUUUUUUUUGGGGGGGGGAUCCUUGGUCUCUUGCACUAAAUGGCACCCACGUCGCCCAAAUUCUACGUGUCUUAAAACUGCCGCACCUCCUCACUAGUAAUACUCCCCCCCCCCGUUGCUUCGGUUCCCACUACCUGUCUCUCCCCCCCCCCACGGGAAAAAAAUACCCACCAAAGCUGUGUAUGCUUGCCCUCGUCUUGUUCACUUGAUUGUGCUAGAGUCAAAUUGGUUAACAGUGGGAUCUAAGGUUCUAGUCCUUCUCGUUCCUGGACAGCAGACCCCCCCCCCGACCCCAAGUUGUGUUGGAGGGAAUUAGUGCCAGAAUGCAAGGCCCCCCGACCACCCCAUGCCUCUCUCUCUACAUCGGACCCCUUGCAAAAAGCCGAAAUUAAGUUUUCAGUUGUGUGUGCUUUUAAAGAUGGGAUUUGGGGGGGGGGAUUGCCCCCUUUUUUCUUUUAUGGCAAGUAAAGGCAGGGCGUGGGGAGGAGAAAGAACUAAAAAAAAAUUCAGAUUAUCGUCUUGCUCUAUCUGGUCUUAGGUUUAUAAACUCAGUGCCUCAAAAGAUGGGUGUGUGGGUUUUGGGGGGGGGAAAGGGGGCAUUGGAAUGGGAGGAGGCGUUAAGGUAAAGGGCAGGAAAAAAUUAUAAUCCUCGAUUCUGGCGACUUUCACUAAAAAUAGGGUUCCUUAGAUACGUGCAAUGUUUGAGCUUGUUCCCCAAACAGUGCAAAAGAGGAGGGGAGGGAAUUAAAAAAUUCAGCCUUAAACGAUAUGCUUGGGGGGGUGUGGUAAUGUAGUUCCAGUCCCAGGAAGGGUGUAAAAGAGAAAUUAAAAUUAAAAUGUUUAUGUAAAAAGAGUG